AUGCCGUUCCUGCCUUCCGACGUCGCUGGUGAUGCUCCCAACGAAAACGCCAUCCUCAUCGAGUCCAAACCGCACAACAAAGGCGGCAAGGCCACACAAGCUGUCCAUGACCAAAUACCAACCAUCAUCGAACCUACCGCUAUUCAGCUCAGCUCAUCCAACAACUAUGACCACCUGGAAAAGAUCCCCGAUGUUGUCGAGGCCGACAGGGUCGAUUACGUCAACCCUCUCGCCAAUAGUUCACGAUGGUACAUUUCCAUGAGAGCACACGCCAUCCGCUCUGCCGCCGGUUUCGCCUUUAGUCUCGCCAAUCGCACUGUACCCGCUGCCCCGGUGCCCAGUAAAUGUGUCUGGCUGGAUUCUACCCUUUCUGCGUUUCCUGGCAAGGACAAGAUCAAGGUUGAUAUCUGGACCCCGCCGCGCCUCGCCCUCGGACCUCGUGCCGCCGUCAUCAACUUCCACGGCGGUGGCUGGAUCCUUGGAGCCGGCACUGAUGACAGUCGUUGGGCUGCCGCCGUCAUGACAUCAAUCGACGCUGUCGUCUUCUCCGUCAACUACAGACUCGCCCCAGGCCACCCCUUUCCUACUCCUACCGAGGACUGCGUCGACUCUAUUCUGCAAAUUGCUGCCCGUGCCGACGAGUUCGGCUUCGAUCCCAAUCGCAUCAUUCUAUCCGGCUUCUCUGCCGGCGCCUCAAACGCGUUGACUAGUUGGAUUAUACUACAGGAGCCUCAACGUUGGAACUACAAGCUACCCCAGCCUGUGCCCAGGAUCGCCGGUCUCGCCCUUUUCUACCCUGUGCUCGACUGGACAGUCACACGGCCGGAGAAGCGCAGCACUUGCCACCGCCCCGACCUGACACUGUCACCCGGUCUUACGGACCUCAUUGACGUCUCGUACGUUCAUCCUCACAUACCCCGAAAAGAAUGUGACGACUGGCGUCUAUCCCCUGGCCUCAUCGACGAUGCCACUCUGGCUAAGCUACCGCCAAUGCAUCUGUGCCUCUGCGAGUACGACAUGCUGCUACAAGAGGGUCUGCGAUUUGCCAAGCGCAUUCGUUCGUGUCCGGAUAAGACCCUGACCCUUCGCGUUGUCGGCGAGGAAAAGCAUGCCUGGGACAAACCCCUGCCAUUGGCUACUGUCAAGGAUAGCGUUGCCACCGAGUACACCGAAGCAACCCUUGCCAUCGCCAACUGGCUCGGUCAAUUCCACGACACGGAUAAUGAUUCGAUGCUCUCGUUGCCCACAAAGCGACUUCGCCUCCGUCCCUCGACCUACUUUAAGCGCUCUCGCUCCGCAGAAUAG